AUGAGAUAUCUGCUCACAAGGUCGGUGCUAUCUGGUUGUCUUACGCGUUGGCUGCUGCAGCUAUCUGAAUUUGAUAUUACAUGCACAACUCCUAAGGCUAUCAAGGGACAAGUUGUGAUUGACAUGCUGGCUCUAUUUCCCGAGGUAGAGGAAUCAACUCUUUCCAAGGAGGUUUUGGGGGGAACUGCCGGAAAUAGUGGCUGUUGUGACGGAAGAGGAGCCAUGGACCCUCUACUUUGA